UUUGGCGACAAUCAUCUUUGUCGGUGAACAAAAUGGCGUCUUACUGUUUGACUGUCACUAGGCUGCAGGUAAGAAAACAUUUUAUACAUUUACAGAGCUUUUGCUCCUAUUGUUAUCUCGCAUAUAGGUGACAACAAAGAUUCUCUAUCGUAUGGUACAGCUAUUAGCCUUACAGAUCGACCAACUGUCGGUAAAUGAGGAUUAAAGCCGGCAUCGAGCCGCUGUUAUCGGGUCACAGUGUCCCCGUUUGACUCCUGACAGCGACGCUGUAACGGUUUCAAACAACGACCGAUUCAACAGCAGCCAAUCUUAGACCGGUUAAUCGCUAAUUUUACCUUAAAGUAUUUGUCGAAAUCAACUUCUUUAUCGCUGCCACUGGUCUCCUUUAUUUUAAUGUUUGCAAGGUGAUGGCAAGGUUACUGAGUUUUCUUAAUGCGCACUUGAUGGAGGUUCACCGCUGACAGCUGCUAAUGAUCCUGGGACCAUGUUUCUAACCAGCGGCCAUACAGCAGAUUACACUACAUAGAUGGCAAUUAUUCUUUAAACCAGGUGCUAAUUAAAAUCAUAAAUAUUUACAAAAAAAUGUUGAAAAAAUUAGAAGUCAGCAAUUAAUUUCGAGCCAGUGGCAGCUUAAAACCAGCUUCUGAUGACUGAUUCCACUACUUAAAUGUUUACACAUUUUUCAAUUUAAUUUUCUUUUUUCAAAUAUGUUGUGUAUGCACUCCCUUAAAAGGUCAACUUUAGUGGGCAAUGAUGUGCACUAAGCUGCCCCAUCAUUUAGUCGAUCUAAUGGAGCCCCAGACAAGAGCUGUGUAAUAACCUGUACCUUCUGAGAGCUUAAAAAGUUCUGUUUUAAUUGACAUGAUAAGACAGGUACUUUCAGUAAUGUAAUAAUUUUUCUAUUAUUAUUAUGUACUGUAUUUUUAUACUGUCUAUUACACUGUGCAAUAUCCUUAGCUUAUGUCUUUAACACUGUGCUUUGUAAAUAGCUUUAUUUCUAAUAUUCUGCCCUUCGUACUAACCAUUGUAAUCUUUUAUUAAUCUGAUUUCAUUUGUAUUUCUAUUUUCCUUUUAUUAAUAUUUGUAUUUUCAAGAGCAAGUGUGAUGAUCGAAUUACCUCCGGGAUACAUAAAGUAUCCAGGUUCUAAUUCAGAUUCGGAGUUAUUGCUGAAGACAUAUUGUGUGGUAGUGGUUGUGUUGUGGACUGAGCUAUGCUGAUAGGUUUUAUUUUGUCGUCUUUAUUGACGAACAUGGGGAUGAGCAUACCGGGAAAACAUUUCAAUAUAUUGCACUCCAGCACCUUCUAAUCUACAGCUUCAACAAUUGAAUUUAAACAACAGUCACCACCUGUCUGAUCAUGCCAACAAAUAUUGAAAAUAUAGAAGCUUAGGAAAAGUAGAAUUUAGAUUGCCAAGGUUUACCUUGCAAGUCUAAAUAGCACCACUACUUUUAACACACAUUAAACUACGAACAGCACUAGGUUGCACGUGCCAAGUGUAUGUUCAUGAAUUCAUGGGCUAUUUUAGAUUUUUUCUUUGAAGUAUAUACACCCUGCAAACAUUCAGGGGUUUCACCUGCUGACGUAGUUCCCAUGCAGAGAUAUAUUUAUGAACUGCUGUUGCACAGAUAUUCUCCACAGUUAAAAGUGUUCAUCAGUUCUACUUUAGUUAGGUUCUCUGUGUUCAGACUGAGAUCACAUGCCAGUGUUUUAUGACAGUCAUGUGCUCACAGUGGGUGAUAUGUCAUUGAGUGAAUUUACAUUUCAGACUCGUGGUGCUAAAGGGGUGUAUUACUAGUUUCAUUUCACUGAAAGUAUGUGUAUUCCUUCACUGAUUAUGUAACACUGUUGAGGGAUGUUUGAGGGACUCAUUGAAUCAGUCAGAUAGUUAGCAAGCAGAGCUGACCUUUCACACAGUUUAUUCAGAGCACAGUGAUUUUCCACAGAUGUAAGACUGAGAGGAAACAGAUAUACAAAAAAAAACAUGUGAGUAAAGCUAGUGAAAAGAUAACACUCAAUGGUGUGAAACUCUCAUACGCAGGCAGAACAGAUCUAAAUCCAACCCUUCAAGCCAACUUUAGCCAGACAAAGUAACAGAAGAGACUAUUUUGAAUUGCUCUUGGUUUUAAUAACUUAAAGUUUCAUUUAGUUGUACAGUAUAAAGUAUAAAGUGGGUCUUCUUCCACCAUGUUUCUGCAGCAGCACAGAACAAAUACUAACAUGCAUUUUUGUAUUUAGUGGCAGGCUAUGCAAAGUGCACUGGUUAGAGGAUGACAAGGGAGAGGAAAGUGCUUGUUGUGUUCAAAAGAUUUGUAUUGACAGGUAUUUUUGACUUGACAUAUGGAGGAUUAUCUUCAUCAUGCACCACUGGAGCUUCUUGUCCUUAGAGGCCACCGUAGCUUUGCCAAUAGCAGCUGAGAUAAAAAAAAGCCACUCAGGGUCUAAGUUGGCUAGUUGAGAUGCAACAUACUGAAUUAAAUCAAAGUGCUUGUAAAUUUUGCUGUUUUUUAAACAAAAGACUGAAAAAUAAUCUUAUAAAAACAAAACUUAAAUAACAAUGAUAAUGAAGGUGAUAAUGAUGGUCAACAGAAAAUAUUCAAACCCACUCACCCCAUUUUUCUGCCUCCUGCCACAUGUCUGAAUAAUUGCGAAUAAAGUGAACCACCCUAAGGUGCACAAAGGCUGGAAAUAGAAUUAAACUAAGAAAAAGAAACACAGACAAAACACAUCACGGCUGCUACAGGAGGGGUGAGCACUUCAAGCUAAUAUGACAGCUCAGUAUCAUCAAAUAUAACAUAAAAAUGUUUGUAGUACAGAAUCUUAGACUUUGCUUUCAGUGCCUUGAUCAAAUCUUUCAGACUCCACGGCACAGCAGAACAAAAUGUGCAAAAAUAGUCAUAAUACUGUAUGUUAAAAAAGGGUUUGCUUUGGUAUGAUACUGAUCCAGCAGAGCAGCUUAGGGCAUUCAGAGCUCCUCUUCAGAUCUUAUGUGCAUAUUAAAGUGAACUGUGUGAGCCUUAUGAACCUUAAAAUAGAGGACUCGUCGUCUCUCUUUCUGUCAGCACAUUUUUACUGCUGCAUCCUGCAAGAUUAAGUUUAAACCACCCUCACAUAUGCUUCCAUUUGUGCAUGAUAUGACUGCCUCUGUUUAUAACUCAGAUUGAAUCUGUGAGUACUAAACUGCACAGUUAAAUGUUGUUUAUGAUGUUAUUGCCUCUGUUUCCUCCAUCUUAGCUGGCCCUUGGAACCGGGGCAAGGCGCUUUCAUGUCUCUGCAGCCUUCAGCGCCAAGGCCAAGGUGGCCAUGAGCCGCUUUGAGCCGGGCUCCACCGUUAACUAUGACAAGAUGCAUGAGAACAUCAACACUGUGCGCAGGAGGUCAGCCGUCUCCUUCCUCACAUGGACACUCACAAACUGUUUGUUGAUUACAGCUUGGCUCAUGAGCACUGGAGGGUGUUCAUUACAGCUGUGAGAUAAAUCAUGUGACAUUUUAGAGCGUUGAUUUGUCAGGGCAGCAGGGAGCACGCAGCCAGCUUGGAUGUCCUGGUGAUCCUUCUUACUAAACUUAGCACGCUCUGUAAUCCAGGAAUACAAGAUGCUUUGUGUGGCUGUUGUGUUACAGUUAAAGGAACAGUCUGCUGUUGGUCUUCACGUUUGGCUCUGAUUAUCAUUCUGGUGUUGAGAGAAAUAAACACAAGUUAACUAAAUUCAAGACUUUUACAAUAAAUAAAAUGAUUAUAGGCUACUUUAGUAAAAACUUGUGAUGCUGCUCACAUUGACCAACACAAAGUCAUAUUAACUCCAUCUUUUCCCAUAAAUCCAUCUCCCCAGGCUCGGCCGGCCUCUCACGCUGUCUGAGAAGAUUGUAUACGGUCACCUGGAUGACCCAGCAGGGCAGGAGAUUGACCGUGGCCGCACAUACCUGCGCCUGCGUCCGGACCGCGUGGCCAUGCAGGACGCCACAGCUCAGAUGGCGAUGCUUCAGUUCAUCAGCAGCGGCCUCCCAAAGGUGGCCGUCCCCUCCACCAUCCACUGUGAUCACCUGAUCGAGGCUCAGAUCGGGGGGGCUCAGGACCUGCAGAGGGCUAAGGUUAGUAAAGACAGAGGGAAGAAUAUCACGGGCGUGACAGAUAUAUAUGGGGCUGUCAUUGGUGUGAAAUAAACUUAGAUAGAAGAGAAACAGUCAAUCUUUUGGUACUCUGUACUGUCCCACUAGUGGUCUCCAUUUUUUCCCUGUAUGAACUCAUCAAAUACUAUAUCUAGUAUUAUGACAGAGGGUCAUGAUGUAUAGACGCUGUCUGAAAUGUAAAUAAUAAAAGCUUACUCUUUGAUUUGGAAGUGAAAGUCUCUUUGGUUUGGAAAAGACUGAACACAAACAGUGAAAAUACUGAUUCCAGGUAUAGAGAAUGAGAGCCGCUUGAUGUUUUUGCAGCCAGCACUCCGUUUAUAAAAGCCAAAAUUCAGAUGAAAAAGCCCGACUGCCGGUAAAGUGCGUUUUUGAUACCAACCUCAAACAGCCCCAUUAUUUUGUUGGCAAGGUGCAGUUAUGGAGAGACUCUGCAGAUCAAAAAAUCUACUUCUGCUCUUUUCUCUGUUUAUGAUGAGUGCAGAAAGAGCCAGUUUCUAUAUUUGUGGUGUUUAAACAGUGUUAUUGUUUAGAUAAUUAAAGAUAAUCUCUUGCAGAGUGCUGAUUUUGUGGUUUAAUCUCUUGAACUGGCUUUUUACAUUUUCAAAAGAUUGAUUUUACUUUUGCGAGCUAAAUUUAGGUAUGUGUUUAAGAGUUUUAAUGUCGUUUUGGGCAAAUUUGUUCUUCAGCAGGCAGUUUUUCUCGUGGUUUAAGCAGUAGACUUUUCUUUCAGCAAAGUAGAUAUGACAGUUUGGUUUAAAUCAAUUGUCUAGUUCACUUCAUAAAUUAAGAUUAGGAUGACAUACAGCUUUUAGUUUUAGUUCUGGUGUUGUGAAAGACUUUGAGAAUUAUUGGACCUUCUCCCACUGAGCUUACAUGGCUCCCCUUGUGUCUAUCAUGUUAAAGUCACAUCAGAGAUGUCUAAUUUUGUCCUAAUACUUCUUAAAUUUCCUCUCAAACCAGGAGGUAAACCAGGAGGUGUACAACUUUCUUGCAACUGCUGCUGCCAAAUAUGGAGUGGGUUUCUGGAAACCUGGAUCGGGGAUCAUCCAUCAGGUACAGUUUGACUUUUGUGAUGUGUGCCCAGAUUUGUAGAAUAACACCUUUUUGCACCAGUCAGACAAACUUAAAAAAAGAUGUAGGCACACAAAUCAACCUGUUAACGGGAAUGGGCUGAAUCUCAGCCUGUGUGGCUGUAACCUGAGACUAACUGAUCCCCUCAAAUAUAUCCAAUACUCUGCUUUUCUUUGCCACUGUGUUGCUGCAGGCGGUCAGUGGCUUUCUCUCUCUUUAAAUGUCUUACAUUUUCUGUUGUUUGUCCAAUAAAUUUUGACUUUGGACAACUGUUUUUAUGAUUCCUUGAAUAUUUGAAGGAGAUUUUUAAUGUUUCCACUUUGUUGUAUUAACUUGCAAAUUUGAACAUUAUGAAGAGGAACAUCACAUCUUUUGAAUACUUAAAUGUUUGCCAGUGUGAUUAGACAAGUUGGAAUGGGUAUAUUAAUGCCAGCUAUCUGCACAAAGUGAAAUAUUUAAAGGUGUUUCAGUUUCAGUCUUACAGCUGACGAAAAAAAAAACAAACAAAAAACCUCAAAUCAUCAGAAUAUUACAAAACACCAAACCAAAAAAAGGAUUUCUAGUACAGAAAUGUUAAAACUCUGGAAAAUUAAGUUGAUUUAUUCACUCCGUACUUCCUCGAGGCUCCUUUUGCUUAAUUACAGCAUCAGCGCAACGUGGCAUGGAGUUAGUCAGUCUGUGGCUCUGCUGGGGUGUUACUGAAGCCCAGAUUGUUUCGAUAGCAGCCUUGGGCUGAUUUGUAUUGUUGCUUCGGUGUCUCUCAUCUGUCUCUUGUUGAUAUCCCCAAAAAUUCCCUACGGGAUUCAGGGUAGGCCAGUUGGAUGGCCAAUCAACACGGUAGUACACAUGAUUAACAAACCAGUCUCCCUCUGGCAGUUUUGGCGCUGUGUGCAGGUGCCAGGUCCAGCUGGAAGAGAAGAUCUCAGUCUCCAUAAAGCUUCUCAGCAGAUGGAAGCAUGAAGAGCUCUAAAAUCUGCUGGUAGACACUAGGAUGCAAAUAAAGUUUUCUGUCUUCAGAGAAAGUGAACUUGUAUCAGCCAGAUUUGUUGGUUGGCACAUCAGAUCUUCGAAAGAUGGAAAUCAGAAUUAUCCAAAGAAAAAUAAAAGAUGCUAGGAUAUUUUAUACUUUGGAUUUUUCACAAAGAAAAAGUUGAGUCUAUUUUAACAGUUUACUCAGCUACUGAACUUUUUUUCAGCAUCUGAGGUUUCUGUUCCUCUUCAAACACACUCGAAGGGAAUCUUUGAUGGCUUCAUUUUACGGAAUCUGCUCAUCACUCUACACUGUCUGCUGUGAAUCAGCAUGCAGUUCCUCCCAAACUGUCUUUGUGCCAAAGUGAUUAAUGUAACCUCUCGUCUGGCUCUUUUUGGACCAGAACAUUCCCACAGAAGUUGUCCAUUUUCAUCAACAGUCCAAAAAAGUGAGGGAUAGGUCCUGGAGGAAUAUUGUGUAACUGGCUGUGACUGUCUCCCUCCCUCUCUCUCUUUCUGUGUGGACAGAUCAUUCUGGAGAAUUAUGCCUAUCCUGGAGUGAUGCUGAUUGGUACAGACUCCCACACUCCUAAUGGAGGUGGGCUGGGCGCCAUCUGCAUCGGAGUGGGCGGAGCUGAUGCUGUGGAUGUCAUGGCUGGAAUCCCAUGGGAGCUCAAGUGUCCCAAAGUGAGCUCUUAAUAACUUACUUUUUUACUUUAUUUAUAGUUUGAACCAUUUGUGGAUCUGUUAAGCACCCUCAUGUUUGAUUUUUGUUUGUACACGCUUGUGUGUGUUUUUCCUGCAGGUGAUUGGUGUGAGGUUGACAGGAACCUUGUCCGGUUGGACCUCUCCAAAAGAUGUGAUCCUGAAGGUAGCUGGUAUUCUGACUGUGAAGGGCGGUACUGGAGCCAUUGUGGAGUAUCAUGGACCUGGAGUUGACUCCAUCUCCUGCACAGGUGAGGAGGAGACAGUGGACAGUGAGAGCUUUAACACUGUCCUCAUCUUUCUUAUAAAAACAAUAGAUUUCAACAACCUGAGAACAGUAUUUUGAUUCUUUUUGCACUUUUAUUGUCCAGGAAUGGCCACAAUUUGUAACAUGGGUGCUGAGAUUGGAGCCACCACAUCUGUUUUCCCCUACAACCACCGUAUGAAGACGUACAUGGAGAAAACCGGCCGUGGAGGUCAGUCAGUCUCCUCCUGUGUGUUCAUUUUCUGUCUGCUCUGCCUUUAUUCACUGGUACUUAGCUUCAUUAUGAUCUCCUCCUUCAUUCAGAGAUUGCCGCUUUGUCCGAGCAGUUCAAAGACGACUUGGUCCCGGAUAAAAACUGUGAAUACGACCAGAUCGUAGAGAUCAACCUGAGCGAGGUGAGUCACAAUAUUUUGGUGUCUGAGCAUGAACAGCCAGGAUGCCAAAGCAGCAUAUGGUGUGUUUCCUCCAAGUGGUCCAUUUUGGUCCAGUUUGGCACGGGAAACUCUGAUCUUGCUCUGGUUUCCACGGCCAACUACACCCUGGUGGUUGCUUCACACAGGAAGCAUGUUGGCUGCAUGUGUGACGCUCCAGAACGGCUUGAUUUCCAUGUAGGUGUGCAUGUGAUCAGAGCAGAUUUUUUUCCACAAGUGGUGCUCAAAUCUGGGCCAAAAUAGACAGAGAAUUUAUAAGCUGAGGGCUUAUAAUGUUUAUAUCAAAAUAUGGAGUGGAGGGUGGUCCAGUAUGCUCUUCAAAGCAAAAACCUGAUCCAUUUUUUAUGAUGAGACUCCCCUUGUUUUUACUCAGUGCUUUUAUUUUGAAGUUGUCUGGGACAGUCACUGUAGGAAAACACAGAUCUACUGUUUUGGUACCUUUCUCAUUAUUUUUCUUACCAGCAGAUUCAACAUUAACCCUCAUUUCGACUCCUAACACCACGCACUACACGAUGAUUGACACAAUGUUUGGCAUUUUCUCCAGUUUAAUCUACAUAAUGUUUUAUUCAAACUAAAAAUGAAAGCUUAGCACAGUGUGUGCAUAGGUGCGUGUGACUUCUAAAUGUUACAGCCUGGGGCAUGGUGUAUGUAGCUCAGCUGUUGAAGCAUGCAGCACAUGUGAUGAGGCUACAGCCAUUUCAGCACUCCCCCUUUUUUUUGUUGUUUGUUUUUGCUGCAUAUCUGCAUCCUAGAGUGUAUAAAACACGGACACAGCAACGGUGACCCACCUGUUGGUUCUCUGGUGUUAUUGGAAAUGCUGACUCAAGCUUAAUCAACCUUGGUCAGCCUCGGCAAAGAGGUGGAAUUGAUAGUUUGGCCUCCUGACACUCAGCUGCAGCACACCAGUCAUAUCAGCUCUAUCACCCCUAGUUAUGGAAAUCCAUGCAGAAGCCCUAGCCUCAAUAAAAUGAAAAAAUAAAUGAGCUAUAGAAAAAAAAAACACUCCCUUUACAGUGCAAACACAUAAAAAACUAUCCAAACCAAAAAAAGGCAGGAAUAAUGAUCGAGAUUAAAACAAAAUACAUUUAAUCAAAUUUGCUCAUCUUAGCAUGCUUAUCUUGACAUUCAUCAGCAUAUGAAUGAGUGAGUGCUGAUACUGAAUUUCUGAAUCAAUGACCAGCCAAAUCCAGCUGAUAUCAUGUUCACGUUAUCUUAACCCCUGUCCACUUCAAACAGAACCCACUUCCCUGUGUCACAUAACAGCGUAGUCAUGUUCUGCGUCACGUGUUAGUGGUGUUUUUUCUCAUUUUAGCAACAAAAUAUUGAUAUUGACAGUGGUCAAAUGCGUGGGAUAGUAGCUUCACAAAGAGAUCACUCAUUCGCGCCUUUUCCCCUCUCUUCUUCAAACAGUUAAAACCCCACAUCAAUGGGCCAUUCACCCCCGACCUGGCCCACCCUGUGUCUGACAUCGGAGCCACAGCGAAGAAGCACGGCUGGCCCUUGGAGGUCAAAGUUGGUCAGUAUUAAUAACACAGCUGUAUUAUCUUUCAUUGAAAAUGCUUUGUCUAGUGAAAUGUGAUAUAUUUCCUUUUGUUCCAAGAAGCUGUGUUAUUGACCAGAUUUGUGCCGAUCAUAUUGCUGCCAUGUCACGUUGUGGACCACGACCAAGCUCAACAGAGUCCCAGUUAUUUAUAAAAUUAGUAAAUACAAGGAUGAUGAUUGACGCAUUGAAGCACAAAAAGCCUGUAGUUUGAGUCUUGAUUUCUUUUUAUGUAAGAAGUGUUAUCAUCAGUAAAGAGGAAUCCUUCCAACACGCUCUUGAACUGUUUAUUCCUGCACUCAACUUCUUCCUUCUCUCUUCCCUCCCACAAAUAUUGAACUCUUCUCUCUCAGGUCUGAUCGGCAGCUGCACCAACUCGAGCUACGAGGACAUGGGCAGAGCCGCCUCUUUGGCCAAGCAGGCUCUGGAUAAAGGGCUGAAGUGCAAGGCCCAGUUCACGGUCACCCCCGGAUCCGAGCAAAUCCGUGCCACCAUAGAGAGAGAUGGAUAUGUGAGUCACAGUCUCAUAACAUUUAAUGAGAGAGGAUUAGCAUAAAAGUCCUUUUUUUUAAGCAGAUUUACAGAAGUGAGUUUUUCAGAGAUGAAUAAGAAGACUUCUCAUGUUGCGUUUCUUUCUUCAGGCCAAGAUCCUGAGUGAUGUCGGUGGAGUUGUGCUCGCUAAUGCUUGUGGCCCCUGCAUUGGACAGUGGGACAGGUAUGUCACAGUGCAGUGUUGUCAUGGUGGGCGAUGAGUUGGGUCGUCAACGAAUAUUCUAAAUUCAAAUAUAUAUAUUAGAAUGUGAAAACUAAUAUUCAAAUAUUGCAGCGUGAAAAAACUGAGAGGGAAAAAAUGAAAAAUCAUCCAUGGCACAUGCGAAAGAGAUGGUGGGAUGUCCGGAGCCAAACUCAGAGAGAGUGGUCUGGACUCCAAUGAACUUUAGAGGCUCCGUUUGGAAACUCUUAGGAUUUUGGGCAGACACAUAAGACAGAAAAAAUGCUGAGUGAGACAAAAUUAUAUGCAAGCUGUGUAAGCUAGAUAUUCGAAUAUGUUCUAACCUAUGUGUUAUUUUUAGAACGAAUAUUCAAACGUCAUUUUGGAGCAAUUUUGACAGCCCUAGUGAUGAGUGUGUCAUGCCAGAGCUUUGGUCAAGAACGAGGAUAGCCAGGUGUAAGAGGAGGCCACAGUUGAUCCAAAAUUGAGCUCUUAAGUAAAUAAAUCAGUUCUGUUCAAAUUAAGGAAAGUUAAUAUACGUCAUGAUUUGCAGACCGGACACACGGUGAGAGGCUUUCCCAUUCUGAUUUGUGUUACUUGAACACAUUUAAUCCUAUCAGAACUCUUGUAGAGCUGCACGAGAGGCUGCAGGUUUUCUUUCCAACCCAAAACUCCACCAGGUGAUUUCACUGAUUAGUCCCUGCUCUCUGCUUGGAGGUAAGGUAAUCAGUAAAAUCACCUGGUGGAGUUUUGGAGUUUUGGGUUGGAAAGAAAACCUGCAGCCUCUCGGCCCUCCAUGGCACAUGAUUGCCCACCCCUGGUCUAUGUGCUUCUCUAUGUCAGCCUUGUGAAUAGCAGAUGAUCAGUCCAGGGUCCACCUCACCUCUCACCCAGUGUCAGCUCCAGAUCCCCACAGCUGUGAAUAGGAUAAGCAGUUAUAAAUAAAUGAUGGAUGAAGAGCUUUUUAAUAUUAGUCAAAGUCCAACAUGACACACUUCACCAUUCUGUAUCCUCUGAUCUCAGAGGCUGCAGUUUUUCUGAACAUAUGUAUGUUUCAAAGAGACUGAACUUUUGAUUUUAAUGAGCUUGUGUCCUUCCUUCUAAUUAGGCCUAAAGAGCGGGGAAUAUUCUCUGUGUUGUUCCACUGUACACUUUCAUAUUAUUCCACUAAUGAAGCCACAAAGGUCCACAAGCAGAGCUUUGGACUUUUCUUCUGGUGUGAUAUAAAAACAGAAGGCUUGCUGCACAGAAGUACAAAGUGAAGUCUGAUCAGAUAAAGUAUUCCUUUGAGAAAAGUGGACUGAACAAGACGGAUUAGACUAAAAUGCCUUUUGUUUCCACUCUCCUCAGAAAAGAUGUGAAAAAAGGAGAGAAGAAUACGAUCGUCACGUCCUUCAACAGAAACUUCACUGCCAGGAAUGACGCUAACCCUGCUACUCAUGCUUUCGUCACCUCUCCCGAGGUCAGAGUAAAGAAAAACACGCUCAGAGAUUACAGAUAAAUGAAAGCUGUACACCAGCAUUCAUUAAACUUCUGACAGAGGCUUAGACAUGCAGCAUGGGCGAUGUGUUUCAUAUAUAUGUAAUGAUAUUUCAUGGCAGCAGAAAGGUAAAUGCUUCUCUUUCAAUGUGAUGCAGAUUGUCACGGCGCUGGCUAUUGCCGGAACUCUCAACUUCAACCCAGAGACAGACUACCUGACAGCACCCAAUGGAGAGAAGUUCAAGCUGGAACCCCCCACUGGUGAUGAGCUCCCCUCCAGAGACUUUGACCCAGGUCAGGACACCUACCAGCAUCCUCCUGCAGAGAGCGGCGCUGUCAAGGUGACUUUUUCUUACAUUCUUUUAUCGCUUCAUUAGACUCAGUUUUUAAUCUUACAGCGAGCAAAGUGAUCUGAUAUGACAGCUGGUGAAAACCGUAAAUCAUAUGUGGUUUGAGCUGCACUUUGUCUGUUUUUGGUACAAAUCCCUGGACAAACACUGAUGUCUAAUCUAUUUUGUUGUUGUUGUUGUUGUUGUUGUUGUUGCUCAGGUGGACGUGAGCCCCUCCAGCAACCGUCUGCAGCUGCUGGAGCUACCUUCCUCACGGAAGAUGGAGGACAUGAGAGUUCUGUAAUCCCACGAGGAGGAUUCUGCACAGUAACCUGUUAACCCGUGUUGCCCUGAGCGGCUAAAGCAGGAGCAGAUUUAAGAAGCAGCGUACAGCUCUGUUUGGAUUAUCAUCUGAACUUUCACUUUCUUUAUAUCCUUCUGUUCCUGCAGCAUAAUUCAAUUCAAGAGAAAUGUGUAUCGUAGAGUCGUGUGUAAGUGGUGUACCUGAGAUCUUAUUAUCAGACUAGUCCUGUGGAGUUGUUUUUACUACAAUCAUAUUAAAAGACAAAUAGCCAAGGUUAGUCUGAGAGAGUGUUUCCGUUGAGCAUAUGAGCCUGAUACACUUAAUGAAUACCAUAAAUAAACGUGAACCCUGUGGUUUCUUUUGAAUAGAAAAAUCAUACAGCACUUAGUCCCGUUGCUGGAAUCAAACCCACUUUGGCUCAAUGUGUGCUUUAAAAAAAAUUCAAAUUUCCUCUGCUUUGAUCACAAAAAAAUUCAAAAUUACAGCACCCACUUGAUUGUCCUUUUUUAAGUGAAAAGGCAAAAAACUAAUCACAAGGAUCAAAGAUUUAUACUGGUUAAAAUGGAUUAAAAGGAAGCUGAGACGCAGGUAUAGGGGUAAGGUUAAAAUGUUUGAGAAGACUUUUUUUGUUUGUUUCUUUUUUUUUUUUUGUUUCUCUUGUUGACUGGGAAAGGUUUGUUCAUGUAUAACUUCAGGAUUUAUCCAAAGCUCCGCUCAAGCUAACAAAAAACAAACAAACAAAAAAAUAAACACUGAUUCCUAGAAAUAUCAGAUCUUUGGAUAAUUUCCUUUAUUCCUCUGUAAUCUCUGCUCUUCAUCGCUCCAUUUUCCUCUCCCCCUCUGUAGGUGAAAGGAAAAUGCACCACCGACCACAUCAGUGCUGCCGGGCCCUGGCUGAAGUUCCGCGGCCACCUGGACAACAUCUCUAACAACCUGCUGAUCGGAGCGGUCAACAUCGAGAACGAUGCCGUUAACAAGGUGAAGAACCAGCUGACAGGAGAGUACGGAGGCGUGCCAGACGUCGCCCGCCACUACAAGGUGAAUAUGACUAAUAGUUUUUUUACAGUUAUAGGAUACAAAAAAUAGUCAGUUACAUGUUUGUUAGGUACAUCUGGCUGACAUGAACACAUCUCUACAACCAGCCCCUCCUACAUGAAGACUUCAAUGUUCAGGAUCUGUUUUUUCUGUGCAUGUUGUUCAGUUGCUGCUGAGCAGUGUUGCAUUAUUUCAGAAGGUGUUUCAGAUGUUUUAGCCUAACCGUCUUAAAGCAAAGAGCAAAUGAGGAGCAAGUGAGUGAGUUCAAGCAGAACCAGUUUUAUUUUCUGCAUGCUGUUCUCUUAACUAGAAAUGUGUUGUGCAAUAUUUUGUGUAAAACUUUUUUCCAAAAAGCUUUGCUGUUAACACCAGUUGAAAUACUUGUCUGUCCUUCUUUCAACGUGUCAUCCAGGCUAACGGAGAAAACUGGGUGGUGGUUGGAGAUGAGAACUAUGGGGAAGGGUCGAGCAGAGAGCACGCCGCCCUCGAGCCACGACACCUUGGAGGACGCGCCAUCAUCGUCAAGAGCUUCGCCAGAAUCCACGGUGAGUUUUGGAGCUCAAGGAGGAAACAAUACAAAUCUAAGCUGGUAUAAGCUGCCACUGCUCCAGACAUGUACACUUUUCUUUUGCUGUAACUCAGAUCAUUAAAUUCUUCAAGAAAGGUUAUGACAAUAAAAAAAAAACACUUAAACAUUGUUAGCAAAGUCUUAGACCGAAGUGAUGGUUCUUCAGUGCUGCAUGUUUACAGUCUGCAGAAAGAGCUCCCAGCAGAGUCUGGGUGAGUCUUCAUGCUAUAAUUAAACUCUAUUAGAGGCGGUUCAUCACAGACAGGAAAACUCUGAAUGUGAGCAAGAGGGGGGAUAAAAUGAAGUCUGGAGACAGCUAAACAGAUGCUCUAUAAUUACUGAUUCUUUCAAAAACAACAGUGUUACUACCUCAGGAGCCAUCAUCAGGAGUGUGCAUGCAUAUACUGUAGAUACUCAAGUAAACUUUGCUGUAGAUAAUUGUUUUUUUUUACUCUUUAGUCCUUCUUUUGUUCCCUAAACUCAUAUAUCAUACUUGAUUUCGAACACUUUGCUAUAAAAUCUAUGAAGCUGUCCCCCAACAUGUCAUAGUGCAUUACUCCUAUUACACAUCCUCUUGUACAGGAUCUAGUCAUUUAGCUUUAAUAAGGUCUGUGCUGCUUGAAAAAUUAAACAACAGGGUAAUCAAGAAGUGAAGUGUUUCAGGAAGUAAUGCAAACAUCUGCUGCUCACUGCAGACUCUCUGAAACCACACAGUUGUCUUAAAAAUGUCUCGACCACCAUCAUUUGGUUUCCAACCUAGAGGGGGCGCCAGAAAUCUCAUAUAGAGGUAAGGCUCUGGCUGCUCUGAGGGUGUCAAAAAUAAAAUUUGCAUACAUUAACCAAUGUUAUGAUUACACACUUGAUAGAUAGUUAGCGACUAUUUUUGUCCUUAACUUAUGGAAAUAUUUCUGUAGUUGGGGUCAAACUCUGGAAUACUUUACUGAACGAUUUGAAGGGUGCUAUGAAUAGAUUAGAUUAGACCAAACUUAUAUUGCAGUUUCAGAGAAAAUAUGAAGAAAUCAUUAUAAGACUUAACAAAGCUGGCUGAUAAUGAGGUUUUUAAAUGGGAAAAUUUCACCAAAGAACUUUUCUUCGUGCUCGUGGCUCAGGAGUUUUUGGUACGAGCAGAGGGAGCUUGAAAGAAAAAGGGUCGGGGACAACUGCUUCAGAUGAAGAAUAGGACAAAAGAAGGAGUUUUAUGUACACUGCUUCUUUUAUAGUUUUAAUUCAUGCAAAAUGAUUUUCUUAGAGCAUCAAGAACAAACAAAAGAAAUAUUUCUGUUUGUACACAAUACAGUGUUCAGAGCUGUGAACAGAUCUAAGAUCUCUCUGAGGGUGAAGUUUGUGUAGAUAUAACAUUUAUGAUAAUUAAAAAGCAGACUCAGUUUCUUGAGUGCAUUAUUUCUCAUGAUCUCAACCUCCCUCUGGUUACCCAACAGAAGAAAAAUGUGAGUCAGUCUGAUGUUUUUCUGAUCUUUGUCUCCCCUCUCACAGAGACUAACCUGAAGAAGCAGGGCCUGCUGCCUCUGACCUUUGCUGACCCCAGUGACUACGACAAAAUCCGCCCUGAUGACAAGAUUUCAAUCACCGGGCUGAAAUCGUUGAAUCCUGGCAAGGUGAGGAAUAUUUCGUCAUAAUGAAACCUGACUCUGAAGGACAGCCUGGCUUCUUGGCUCCGUACUGGAGGUGAAUGAUUGACACUUGGUCUGUUUGCCUUCAGCCUCUGACAGCGGUGAUCAAGCACAGCGACGGCAGCCAGGAGUCCGUCUCUCUGAACCACACCUUCAACGAGACGCAGAUUGAGUGGUUCCAGGCUGGCUCCGCCCUCAACAGGAUGAAGGAGCUCCAGUGAGGAGGGAGGCGGGGCCUGAAGGGGCCAUCGAGGGGCCUUGACGUGGGUGAAGAAGGAGAGAAACGUGAGCCAGGAGAGGAGAUGGCAAAGAGGAGGAGAUUGUGUGAACACGGUCGAUGGUUAGAAGACUUUUUGUGUUGAUGUCAGUUUAGAGAUGGUUGUAGUUUUGCUGAGAGAGGAAAAACUACCACUUACACACACAUAAACACACACACCCCCACACACAAGGUCGCUGUACAGAUGAAAAGCGCACACACACGUACACAAGCACGCACACGCACAGACAGGAUUACUGUGAAAGCUUGUUCAGAAGACAGGCAGAAUGACUUGCACAGACACGCAAACAAGCACACACCCCCAAAGCUUAGCAGUGUGUGUCUCUGUUGUAGGCAGCAUUGUGUUUAUAAUGAAAGCACAGCACACUUUAACACCACUGUUGUCAUAACUUUGUAUUGUUCAGUGUCUCCUCUUCCUGAUUAUCACGGUUAGGUUUUAUGUUUCUCAUGCGGACACAAAAAUAUGGUUCAUAUGCAUCUUUCAGCAGAAACAGGCUUGUUAGAAGCAUUCUGUAAAAUUAGGGGUGUAAUGGUACAAAAAGAGUCCAGUUUCAGCUCGGUUUCUGUCUUUGAAGUCCUGGUUAGGUUUGUUUUCGUACAGCAAGGAACAGAAGGGGAUUUGAGCCAACAUUUUUUCUCUCAGUAACUCUGACUUUUUUCUCAGAAUUUAAUCUCCAAACUGGGCAAAGCAAGAGGCUUGUUCUGAGUUCACCUUCCGCUCCAACUAUUGAGUGUAACAGACAUGCUGAUGAUCACAUUCAGUGUUAAACUAUUCCACUAUAGUCACUAUACCAAAACCAGUAUGACUGAAAUGAUGAGCUACAUGCUGUAUGUGUGGUCUUUCCAGGGCAUCUUCUGUAGUUCAACACCAAACCGAAAAUGCUGUUUCAAAACUGUUCAGUAUAAAAACAUGAACCUUACACUCCCAACUUAGAUAGUAGUUUCCACAGCUUAUACAGAUCUCAUUUAAACCCUAAAUCAUCUGAAAUAAACAGAGGAUAAUUCAUGUUUAACUGCUGCAGCACUUAGACUACUGUUCUUCUCCAGUGUAGCUUCAAUAAUAAUUAUUUCAAUAAGCUGAUAGAGUUUCUCAACUCCCAUGAAUGUAACUUUCUUUCAUAACGUCCAGGCCAGUCACCUGAAGAUCAUCCUGUCCACCUGUAUUUAUCAUCUUCAUUUUUCUCCACACCAAGUACUUGUCAUUAGCAGAAUAUUUUGAAAAAUUUUCCACUGUGAAUGUCCGUGUCAAAGUGGGAUAUGAAUCACAUCAUGUCCUGUUUUCUUUUUAGUGUUAGUGCCACCAUUAUUUUCUUUCCUCUGUGUUCAGUCCUGCAUGCUUAGUGAUUUGAGAUUAUCGUCGAUCUGUCUGUUCCUCUCUGCUCAUCCUUCCUCUUCUGUCGCUCUUAGCAGGCCGCUUCAUGAAGUCCAAACCACAACCUGAUGUGUUUGGAGAAACAGCCUGAGUGUUAGGCCACACUUUAGCGUAAAUAACGGUGAAAUAGCUGCACAACAGUGUGAUAAAAAGACUCUUGAAAUAGUUUUGUUAACAGGAAAAGGCUCUAAAACAACAUCUCUGUGUUAAAGUGUCUGUUUUGGAGGAGCUGCUGGUGUGUGAAAUGGCCCCCUGCAGCUUUAAUGGGAGACAAUGACUGCAUUUCUCUGUGAUUGUGUUUUUAUUUCAGGUUGUGGUUUGGUCCAUUUAGAAGGCUUGCUGUCGUCUUACACAAACUAACGCACAAUCUAGUGUCCAGAGGCCUGUACACUAGCACUUUGUAGAGUUUGGACGGUAGUUUUAGGAGUGCUUUGCCACACUUUUUUUUUUGUCCUCUACAAAGACUUUAAAAUGUUCCCGCCUUUAGUAUUUAAUUUUAGGGCUGACUUCUCUGUUAAUUUUGUAAGAUUAACCCAUGACUUUUAUUUUGAAGUAAUUGCUGCUAUAUAUAUAUAUAUAUUGAAACAUAUUUUAUUUUUCCUUUGCUGGUCCUUUAUGUCCAUCACCACCCCUCUUAUUUUUCCUUGUGGAAGUCAAGAAGUUUUGGAUAGAGGGACUAAAUCAUGCACCGAGGUUUGACUCCAACCUGGUGUCCUUUAGCACUUAUUCCCCCCACUCUUUUACCAAGUUUCCUUCUUUUUUACUCUCUCAUCCUCUCAUAAGGGGAACAAAGCUCCUUAAAAUGUUUCUAUUGAAAAGUGACUGUCCUUGAGGUAAAUCCCUACACCCUAAAGGGUUUGAACCUGUGUGUAAAUUGUGUUAUAAAUGUAGCUCCACUUAGUGUGAGGUUGUGUACAUAAAUUAUAAACAGAUUAUAUAUGUAACAGAGAGAAAGAGUGGCUAACAUGCUGUAUGCUGCCUGUCUUAAAGGGGCCAUUAACUCUGUCUGUGACUCCUUUUAAUGUCAUGAGUCCCCUCUGGUGUUUCUAUAUUAAACUGAAUCUCCACUAACACACCCUUCUUCACAAACAAGAUGACAUGUGGAUUGUGUGCUUGCUUAAAGCACAGAUGUAUGAUUGUAGCGACUGAUUUCUGACAGAUUCUGAAAGUGAAAGUGAAUUAGUAACUUUUGGAAAGCUGAGGAUUGACUGAUUUGUGAUUUUUAUUCAGAGGUUUUCAGGGUCAGAGAUGAUUUAAAGUCUCAGUUAACAUAACUCCACAUAGGGGGUUAUUUAUUCAAAUAUCAUCUGUAAAUAACAUCACUUUAAUGCUCAAACACUCCACCAGAUUUCCAAAGAUGCCACAUUAAAGUACAGAGAUCUAUGUCCAUACAUGCUUGAUUCUGUACAGGGUGAUGUUUCCAUCAGAUUUUUUCAGGUUUUGUUUUGUUUUGAAAACAUCCUAAAACACAGAUUUAUUGAAUCAUCUUUCAGAUUUUCUAAUUCAAAGUUUUACUGUUCACUGUGUAAUUUCUCUGAUUUAAAAAAUCUAUAUAUAUCUGCUGUAAAGAAACAAAUCAAAUGUUGUUCACAAAGGCGAUGUGUGUUGGCAUGCCCAUUGUGUGAUUGUUUUUGUACUCGGAUGUGCUCUGUUUGCUCAAGCUUCCUUCAAUAUGACAAAAAUGAAAUUGUCAACAUGCUCCAUGUGUGUCAACCAGAAUAUCUGUCCUAAGUGAUGAUUUCCUCACACUUCUGUUUCAGCAUUAAACUGAUUUUAAAGAAGUAGAUUGAACCUUGGAAAUUUUGAUGCCAGUGAGAUUAAAACUGUUGACAUUUACAGAAUCAUUAGUACGUAAAUAAAGAUGACUAAUAAAGAUGAAAUUUUAAAGUGA